GAGAUUAUUGCAACGUUCAAACACUUCACAGUACAGUCUUUCUCCUCUCCCAAGCUCUAACAUUUAACUUCUUCUUCCGUCUCUUCCUUUAGGACUUCCGUUCUUUCUCUACACUUUUUGUUAUUUUAGAAUUUCUUGGUCACUUAAUAACAGAUAUGGAAACUCCAAGAUCACCCCUACCAACUCCCAGAUCACCCCUACAGCCUCCAACUUACGGAAACUUAAUCACCAUUCUUAGCAUCGAUGGUGGUGGAAUAAGAGGAAUCAUACCGGCAACAAUCCUUGGCUUUUUAGAGUCUGAACUUCAGAAACUGGAUGGAGAGGAUGCAAGAUUAGCAGACUAUUUUGAUGUGAUCACAGGAACUAGCACUGGUGGUCUCGUCACUGCUAUGCUUACAGCACCAAAUGAGCAAAAUCGACCUUUGUUUGCUGCCAAGGACAUCACAGACUUCUAUCUCGAGCACUGCCCAAAAAUCUUCCACCAAGACCGGUCUCCCUUCGCUCCUGCGGCCAAUCUGGUCAGGUCUUUGGCAGGACCCAAGUAUGAUGGCCAAUAUUUACACCAAAUUGUCAAGGAAAAAUUAGGAGAUAUAAAACUGGACCAGACAUUGACAACUGUUGUCAUUCCAACAUUUGAUAUCAAGCGCCUCCAACCAGCUGUUUUCUCAACAUAUGAGGUGAAGAAAAACCCAUCCAUUAAUGCCCUUCUCUCGGAUAUUUGCAUUGCAACCUCAGCUGCCCCAACUUAUCUUCCAGCACACCGUUUCGAAACCAAAGAUUCCACAGGAAAAGUGAGGGAAUUCGAUCUUAUUGAUGGAGGCGUGGCUGCUAAUAAUCCGGCUUUGGUGGCUAUGAAUGCUGUGAUGAAAGAAAUUAACCGCGAUAACGCAGACUUCUUCCCCAUAAAGCCAACAGACUAUAGCCGAUUUCUGGUGCUAUCCCUGGGGACGGGUUCACCAAAAAGUGAAGAAAAAUAUCAUGCUGACGAUGCGGCUAAAUGGGGUUUGUUGGGAUGGUUAACCAGUGAACACUCCACUCCGUUGGUGGAUGUGUUUAUGCAAGCCAGCAGCGACAUGGUUGAUUAUCACAUUUCCACCGUUUUUCAGGCUCUUCACUCCGAAGAAAAUUACAUUCGAAUUCAGGACGAUACAUUAACUGGAAAUCUCUCUUCUGUGGAUAUUGCCACAGAAGAAAACUUGAAGAACCUUGUGAAAGUGGGUGAGGAGUUGCUGAAGAAACGAGUUGCCAGGGUGAACUUGGACACCGGUGCCUUUGAGCCGGCUUACAAGGCUACAAAUGAGGAGGCUCUCAAGAAGUUGGCUAACAUACUCUCCAGGGAGAAACGGCUUCGUGAAAUUAGAUCACCACAAGGCCAAGGAAAAGCUGUUGCUCCUAAGUGAAGAUUGACUAAUUAAUUUUCCUUCUUCUAAUAAACAAGUGUCCAAUAAAUUUCUAGUGGAGAAUUGAUUGUUUAUCUUGUAAUUAUAGCUAGGAGGAUUUUCUUCCAUUGAAAUGAAAUAAUACCAUAUCAUGGUAGAUCCUAAAUUCCUAAUGUAAUUCAUUUAUUUGUUGACAAUAAAUUCAUCUACCUUUAUAAUAA